GCGGUUGAAGGCGCGGGCGGGCGCGGGCGCCGCUGGAGGGGCGCGGGCUCCGAGGGCACCAUGAGACCCGAGGCAGCGGCUGGAGCCCGGGAGGCGCGGGGACGCGUCUGUCACUGCCCCGGGGACGGUCCACGGGGACCACCACCGCCGCGCGGGCCCGAGAGCCAAACACCAUGGAGACCUUGGAUCCUGACCCCCCAGGAUGCUGACCCCACCAGAACUGGAAGCGAGCUUGAGCCUGGGUGUGACCAACAAACCUUUGGAUCGAAGGGGGCCUUUGGGUUUCAGCAUCCUGUAAGACUUUAUUUACCCAUUUCUAAGCGUCAAGAGUAUCUGCAGAGUUCCGGGGAGAAGGUGCUGGCCAGCUUCCCCGUGCAAGCCACCAUUCACUUCUACAACGAUGAGUCCAAUUCAGACGAGGAGCACGACCAAGAGGUCCAGCCCUCCGACCUGCAGCGCCAGGAGGCGCAGGACAGCCCGGGAGGAAAGGGCAGAGACCGGCUGACAAACCCAGGAUGGCGCCCCGGAGGCUGCGGUGGCCUUGGUGGUAAGGGUCCGCUCCCCUACCCUGACUCUCUGGAGGAUGCUGCGUGCCCCUCAUCCAAGUAGUCUGUCUCUCCUGCACCAGACCCACCUCACACGUGCCCUGGGGACAACCCUUGGGGACAGCCGCGCCAGGACACCUUGCGUUUCAACACACUUUGCACGUACGAGGACUUGACUUUCUUUGGCCAGCACCCCGCUCGUGGCGAGGGCUCAGCUUGUACUCAUCCCUUCUCCUAGUGAUUCUCUGUGCCUCAUUUGUACCUUUGAGAAAGGAUUCUAGGUCCAAGAGGUUUGCAUCCACAUGGAUUGCUAUCAGGAGGGGCCAACUUUCAGAGCACGUUCGGCAAUGUCACUGUGCUGAUCAAACGACAAAUUAUUCCAUAUCGAUUAAUAACCCACCCUCGCCUCUCACUUAACCUGAGACCCUUUAUUUGGGUUUUUCCACUUUUGUAAAAAUGAUCCAGAUAUUGUCCGAGCCCGAUGUGGUUGCUUAGAGACAUUCUGAAAAAAAAGUUUAUUUAUAAAAAACAAACACACUGAAUAAUUUCCAUAAAAGUAACAAAAAUAAAAAGAUAAGGAUCUGUGGGGGGAACCAUUCUGGAUAAAAACAUAUAUGAUGCUUGUCUAAGCACUGUGUGUAUGGAUAGAGAGACGAGCUUUAACUCUUAGCUGGGGACCACUUUGGGCUUAUUACUUGACUAGAGUAACACUGUUUUCAAUCAAAGUACCAAAUGUAAUAUCAUUUUCAGCUUUUUAUAUUUUGAUGACCAAAUGAGUGUAUUUGUCAAGGUUUUUUACUUAACUAUUUUGCAUGUUGUUGUCUUCCCAGUUUCUACUUGAAAUAAAUAUU